AUGGCGCGACGCUCCAGCCCAGUCCAGCCAGUCAGUUCGCCGUCAUCGAGUUUGUAUGUCGAUGUGCCGGACUCGGAAACAUUUUCUUCGAAAAGAUCAACAACCUUCAACGAGUAGUUGUGUAUUAUUUGCGAUUCGCUGAUUGACUCACCUAAACAACACGCGGAGUAAUUUCCAGUGAACUUCCGUCUCUGUAUGCCAUUUGUCGAUGACAAACAGACAUUCUUGUAACGUUUAUUUGUAGCACACGAUCGAGUCUAAAUAGUCCAGGCUGAUGCACUUCGCGUGGGACCCCAAUAAGUCUUUGCCUGCUUGUGCAACUGACACUAUUUUAUGCUUAGUGUCGCGAGGAGUGACAUACGGCAUAAUUGGUGAUGGAAAGUGCGUUUAGGAUUACACAUACGGUCUUGUUAUUGCUGGUGUGAAUGUGGAAUGAGGUAUGCAAGUUCAAUUUAUUUACGACACAAAGCAGAGGAAAGGAGUCUGAGUCCGUGGACCACGAAUGCGUGGGCCAUGGCGUGGAUUGCCUUGGAGGGCGCCCACACCAGCCCGCUGGGCCCUUCCAUUAUCUCAUCAACGAACAAGCAAAGUCCCUGGUCGCGCUGCAAGAACUGCAGAACGAAGUUGGGGCCCUUCUCGAGUUCCGAGACCUUGUCAUGGAAACGUUUCCCAACUUGCGCUCGAAGUUGCACCAACAGAACUCAGCUAAUUCGACACCAGCCACCAUGACAGGACACCAUGUUCAUCACUCCAACAUUCCAAUAUCCAUCCGGCCGGGCGAUUGGACGCCAGGCAUUCGAGUGAGGAAAAAAUUGGGCAUUUCCAGUGGCAAGGAGAAGAAGAGUGGAAGCGAGUCAGCGGCCGCAUCCUCAACUUCAGCCGUCCAGGACUCGGGGUUCAGUACGGAGGCUUCGAGUAAGGAAACUCAUAGUGCCUCUUCUACAGUGCCUACGUCUAACUCUGCAACAGGGACCAGUGAGACUGAUGAAACUGAAGAUGAAUUGUGGAGUCUGCUAGACAUAAUUCACAGAAAAGGCACCCGAUUAAAAGAUGAAGUUGAAGCUCUUCAAGGUACUCUUCGGGAUCAAACGCCAUUUGGGGAUCCAGACGGGAACUUUCAAAGGGACCUGUUUCAUUCUUCUGCUGACGAUUUGCGACAACUUAGGCAGGAAAGAGAUUUACUACUGGAUAGACUGGCGGAAAUGGAAGCAGAAGUCCUGGCAGGUCGACUGCAUACAUCCCGUCUUCAGGAAGAUCUGGAAAACCUUCUGUCCGCCAAGCACGACUUGGAGGAGCAACUGAAGGCGAUCGUGUCCCAACGAGGUGAAGUGAACUCCCGCAUCCAUGAUCUUCAUUUGCAAUUUGUGGCAAAAAGUGCUAGUGAUGAGAAACUGAAACUAUUGAGUGGUGAUCGUAAAGAGUCUAGUCAAAUACAGCCAGUGUGGACAACGCCCCCGGUUUUGAGUAGGCGGCUUUCUUGUAGUGAGUUAGAUACAGUUCUCGGCAAUCAGGUGCCCAAAGUUUCAAUGCCAAAUCGGAAGAAAAUUGCCGCUAUUUUGAGAGAGCAGGAUCCCGUGGUGUUGCAAAAACAUCUCUUGGUUUCGACCGUUCAAAACCAGGUAUUGAAACAGCAGCUGGAUACUGCGGGAGGAUUAGAAUUGGGACUACGUCAAAGAUUAGAUAAGGCUGUGGAAGAAAACGAAGACUUACGGUUCGAACUGGAAAAUAGGACUAUAGAAUUGGAAGGUACCAAAGCUCGAGUGAGAGUGCUUGAAGAUCUUCACAAGCCCAACGUUACGAAAAGCACAUCACCUGAUAUUAUACCUGAUCUCCAUGUUACUCAAGACCAUAGGCCGUCAUCACGAACUGAAAUUAGUACUGCAAGUAUGAAAGCCAUGAGUCCGUUACCGAUGAACCUACAAAUGGACCAUAGCAGUAGUACUGAGUCUGCACAUGAUCAAACUGAGAGCAAUAAGAGUAAAGACAGCAGCGGAUCCAAGCGAAGACCUAGCAAGAUUCCAUUGAAGAGUUAUACAGCUCCAAAGCCACCGGGAGGUAAACACAGCCCUGCACCGCGCAGUCGUAGUGGCGAAUCGCCACACCGUUCGCACUCGUCACAUUCCUGGAGGAACCGAAGCGCUGGAGGAGGAGGAGGCGCGGAAAGCGGCAGCCUGAAGAACUCCCUCCCAAAAUCCAGAAAUAGCUCUCUGAUUUCAGCCAGAGAUUCUCUUUCCAGCAAGUUGCGCGGCACCGAUUCGCUAGCGAAGAGCAAUUCUCCGAAUCAGCAAAACAGCCUGAAGAAGACCCCAUCCUCCAAGUGGACAGCUCCUAAGGACGAAAAGAUUCAAGGCUCAACAUCGCCAAACGGAAAAUCUCUAUCUCCAUGGAUUCUCUCUUCAUAUGAUAAUGAACUGCCAGAUUAUCCAGAUUCCUUAAUGGAUAAGAGCUCGGUUCAUCAAACGACAACUGACUCUGAAAGUCACCGAUUUCACACGGCAAAUACAUUUCUUUGGGAAACGAAAAAUGUUUACUACGACAGCAUUGACAGUAAUAUGGCUUCUAGUUAUUAUCGCUCACAUGGUGAGGACUUGGCUGAAUGUGAUUCCUUAGAGAGAGAGCUGUUAACUAAUAUAUCCUUCGGAAAUAAGUAGGCUCUAUUCUUCUUACUGCUUUUAAUCAAUUGUGAAUUUUUAUGAGUGUAUUCAAGUAAGUAUCAGUAAAUUCAUGUAAAUAGUCUAUGAAGUGUCAUAUGAUGAUAAAGUAGCCGCUAAGUUGUUCGAUUUGCAUUUAAAUUUAAAAAAAAAUACUGCAAUCCAAAACUCUAAAAUUCGGUCAGUCACCAUUUCGCAAUGAAGAAAGUGCAAAAACGGAUACUAUUAACCAUCUAAAGUAUUUUUUAGUAUCUGAUAGUUAUUUGUUUAAUUAGUCUGGUAUGCCAUUUUAUUGCGGAUGUCACUAUAUCUGUUCAGCUAAACCGUCUAAGUGUGGCUUCUAAAUAGGGAAAACCCAUUUUUACUGCUGUUAAUUUGCUAAGUAGACCAUGAUACUUCUUUUAAAUAAAAUGAAUUUCUAGAAAUUAUACUUGAAAACAUUUGGAGAAAAUGUUGAAUUAUCGGAAAACACGCUUUCUCAGCAUUAAAUUACAAUAUUAUGAUCGUUCAUGUGUGUGGUAUUUCAAAUGAAAAAAUGUUCAAAUUAAAUUGAUUCUUCUCUCAGAGAGAGAGCAGUAGUAUCCCGAUACAAUUAUAAUUGGAAAAAAAAUUAUUUUGAAAAUGGCAAUUUUUUUUAAGAAGAUAAGAGUGCAAUUUCAAAUCAAGUGCAAGCACGCAUAUUUUGGGAAAGUGAAUGUAGACGAUCAACCUCUGAAUAGCGAUCAAAAUAAAAAUCAAAAUAAAUCUUUAACUCAUUCGAAGUUCUUUCAAGUAGAAAUAAAACUAUAUAGUAUAAAAACAUGGAAACUUAAAAUGGAAACUUAAAUAAUCUAUUUUAAAACCCUUACCAAUUUUAUUAAUCCGUUUUAGUAAGGAAGCCAUCGAUCAUUGUCAACACUUCCCCUAUGUUCAUGACGCUUGCUGAUAAAAUGUAGUAGCUACAUUUCAAACCUCUCUUAUUCAAAAAUCAUAUUGCCAGAUUUUUUGGAAGUUGCAGUAUUCCCCUUUAUUACAGUAUUUUAGUCGUUUUGUUGCAUUUAAAAUAAUUUUUAAAUUAAAUCGAAUCUAUCUGUACAUUAUGCUACAUAACAUAAAACUAAGAGAUGCGACUGUCUUAUAUCGUGUUACAGCUUGAUUUAAUUACUUUAUUCCCAGGUUAUGCAAACGUAACUAAUGUAAUUAGAUCUAUGUAUUUUGUUACAAUUUCAAAUGGAAUUUUUAUCAUUACUGAGCUCUCUGAACAGACUGAUAUUGUUGUUACUUUUGCUUUUAAGUAUAUACAUCAAUAUGUUUCUCUAAGAAAACGAAAAAAGUCGUUGAUAUUAACCCCACUACAGGAAUGAAUAUUUUUAGCGAAAAAUAAUUGUUUUCAGUAAUUUUGAUUGUCAGUAAUUUAAAAACUGUAUUUAAACUAUUUCCAGUCAUAUCAAUCAUAAUUGGAUAAGUAUUUCAAUUUUUUAUUUUACCAUGUAUAUUGUAUCAUAACAUUUGCACAUAACUGUAUUUUUACAUUUUCUAUUUGAUAUACUCUAUCUUCUUCAGUUUGUAUACAAUGUAUGUAUUUAUUACUUUAACGCGUAAGAAAUUGUUAUUUACUACUUAGGACUGUGAUAGAAGAAAAAGUGGCAAUUCGUACAGAUUAUUUUCGUUCCUAUUGGCAAAAGUAUAUUGAAUUGCGAGCCUGUUAUUGAACACGGCAAAAUUGUCUCAAAUUAAAUUGAAAUUUUCGAUAUAGUGGACUUGGAAUCACCGAAGCAACCCUUGAUGUAGCCUUGAAAAUAUCAGCAUAAAUAUGUAUCUCCUUAAAAUCUAAAAUCAGUUUAUAUAAUAAUGUUGAAGUAUUUUCCAUGCCUACGUAGAUUAAGUAACUAGGCAGAUGUAUUUAUUGUAUGUGCAAUUUAGUUGCAAUUACUUUGGAAAACCAUCCCAUUUCACUAGGGAAUAUUUUCGGUUAAAUUUAGUUAAGUAGAUCAUUAUAUAAUUUCAUUUGUUGCAGGUUAUUUUCGACUUGUGCUGACAGUGUAUAAUUUGCUUCAAUUCUAAAUUUUUCUUGGUAUUUCAUAGAGUACCACAUGCCAUUUUGUGAUCUUAGAAUGCUCAUCACAUGUGUAGCUAAUUUACUGUAAUUAUGUUGCAAUAAUUAUAAGUAUAUUAUUAAGCGUAUUAUCUUAAUUGAAAAAGGGCCAAUAUGUAAAGUAUUUUCGACUUGACCGAAAAGUCAAUUAUUAUACAAGCUCUUUCUCAGUCUUUGUAUGAAACAGGUUUAUAAAAACAUAUUAUCAAUUAUUGACUGAACUUAUAAAUCUGUAUUAUGCUAUGUAAAUUAUUGUAAAUAGAUAUUGGUUUAUAAUAUCUGCAUAUCAAAAACAUUUAAAA